GACUUUUGAGUUCAAUUAUACAACGUCAAAACAUGGCACAUGCAAAUUUUUUGUGUGUCACAUUUCUUCGUAAAAAUCUUGGUUUCAACCUAUUGUUGAAGCCAAAUAUUCCUGGGCUAUUACGUCGUUGUGUUAUUCAUUCAGAGAAACAGAAAUGCUUCUAUUUGCACUUUGUCAGCGCAACAAAGUACGUUAUGGCUUCGCAUUAUCUUGAUUUAUGAGUACUGAUAGUUAUUAUUCUCUUAUUCCUCAUAAAUCUGAGACAAAUGGUCACAUGAAGAACAACUCACUGAAAGGUAUAUAGCACCCACGUAGAAGUAUAGCGUAAACCGACCAGCAA